GAUCCUGCCCAUCGCCGAAUCCUCUCUCCCAACGCUCGCUCUGCCAUGCCCAUUGCCCCUGCUGCCCUUGGCCUCGCGCUGCUCCUGCAGGCAGCGCGCUCGACCGCCUUCCCGUACUCGCUCGCUCAGGACUUUUCUGGCUCCAGCUUCUACGACUACUUCACCUUUGCGAACGGGCACGACGUCUCGGCAAACAGCUCCGCACUCUAUGUCAACCAGACCUAUGCCCUCGGCCACAACCUGACCUGGGUCCAGAGCGGCGUCUUCUACACCUCUGUCGACACCAGCAGCGUCACCCCCGAGUCUGCUGGUCGGCCCAGCAUCCGUCUCGAGUCCCGCCUCCUCUACGACGAGGGCCUAUUCAUCAUGGACCUGACUCACAUCCCAGACGGAUGCGGAACCUGGCCCUCGAUCUGGUUCAAGAACCAGGUCGGCAGCCAGAUCGUCGGCGAGCUUGACAUCAUCGAGGGCAUCAACGGCACGCCUGAUGGACACUCGAUCAUCCAUACCGCCGAUGGCUGCUACGGCGUGCCCAACCGCACCCAGAUUGCCACGCCCUUGUACUGGGACUGUCCCGUCAACGACCCUCCAAGCCCAGAAGGAUACGACGGCUGCGGAAGUCUCGUCCCAGCCAGCGUCAUGCCAGGCACCUUUGGCUCGGUCUUCAACCAGAACGGCGGCGGAGUCUAUGCGACCAAGCUCGACAACUCGGGCAUCGACAUCUGGUUCUUCCCCCGUUCAUCCAUCCCACAGGACAUUGUCUCGGGCAAUCCGAAUCCCUCUCAGUGGCCCGCAGUCCCCCUCGUCAGCUUCCCGUUCGACUGCUGUACUCCGGACUACUUCAGGAACCUCAAGUUGAUCAUCGACACAAAUCUCUGUGGCAACUGGGCGAUUUCCGAUGCGGCGACACGGUGCCCCACCAUGGGGCUGUGCUCCACCUAUGUGGCCAGCAACCCAACCGCAUUCUCGAAUGCGUAUUGGGGCAUCAAUUCCAUCAAGGUCUAUGCCGACCAGAACCGAACAGCCUUGACGUCAUUCUCGCCCAAUCCUUCGGUGGUUUGCCCACGUCCUCCAAACACAAACAUGACCGUUGUCAGCACCCCUCCAGCUGUGCUGCCUUUCAAUGCAAGCCAGUCUCCUCCGGCCGGCACAAGCCCGUCCGCUCCCGCUGGCUCGAGUCACUCUGCUGGAGCCAGUCGUGCUGUGUCCGUCGCGGCUUCAAUGACGCUCGUUUGUGCUCUCUUGGUCCUUGUCGCCAUCUGAGUCUAUUGCAAUCCAUCUCUUGGCUUCUCUCGUUUCUCGUUUGUCGGAUCUUGUGCAUUCCUCACUCGCCCUUCACCCCCGUGGCACCGCGGCACUCACUUGAUUCAUGGCGGUCGCUGCGUCAGUCCUCCUUCUAUGGAAAUACAACAAUAUUGAUAAUGGGGCUGUAUGCUUCGAAUGGAUGGAUCGACCUUUGCGUUGUUGUAAAGCCGAUCUCCAAAUCACCUUGAUCUGGCACGCCUUGACCGGCGAUCGAGCCUCUCUGGCAGGUAGAGAGAGAGCACAAAUCCCCCACUCGGUUCUGAACGAGCUGUCCACCCAGAUAGACACAGCACGUCUCGUUUCGUUU